AUGAGUAAAAAACAAACAUCUUUGGAAAGUUUCUUUACGAAGGGGAAAAGGCCCAAUGAGGAGACAGAAGAAGAGCCUACGACUUCCAAGAAAAAGAAAGCUGCAUUUAACAGACAAUACCAGGAGUCCUACUUAAAAUAUGGAUUUAUCGCGACAGGUGAUUCCCGUGCACCAAGCCCGCUCUGCAUAAUAUGCGGUGAGCGGCUCUCUAAUGAGGCAAUGAAGCCUUCAAAACUGCUUCGCCACUUGGAGACCAAGCACCCUGCAUUAAAAGACAAGCCUUCGGAGUAUUUUGAAAGAAAAAAGCAUGAACAAGAAGGACAGAAGCAAUUACUGAGGGCCACCACAUCAACAAAUGCGAGUGCACUGAGAGCAUCAUACUUGGUAGCUAAUCGUAUUGCUAAGGCUAAGAAGCCAUUCACCAUUGAUGAAGAAUUGAUCCUGCCCGCCACUAAAGACAUUUGCCGUGAACUUCUAGGAGAGGCUGCGGUUAAAAAGAUAGCACAGGUGCCUCUUUCGGCUAGCACCGUCAGUCGGCGCAUUGAGGAAAUAGCAGAGGACAUUGAGACACAAUUGUUGGAGAGGAUUAAUACAUCACCGUGGUACGCACUCCAGGUUGACGAGUCUACAGAUAUUGACAACAAGGCAAUACUACUUGUUUAUGUGCGAUAUCUUUAUCAGGAGGAUGUGCAUGAGGAUAUGUUAUGUGCACUAUCGUUGCCAACCAAAACCACAGCUGCAGAACUAUUCAAGUCGCUGGAUGAUUAUAUAUCAGGAAAACUGAAAUGGUCCUUUUGUGUCGGCAUAUGCACAGACGGAGCUGCUGCCAUGACCGGACGGCUGUCUGGUUUAGCUACUCGGAUUAAGGAGGUUGCACCUGAAUGUGAGUCUACGCAUUGUGUCAUUCACAGAGAAAUGCUGGCUAGCCGAAAAAUACCACCGGAACUUAACAGCGUAUUGAAUGAUGUCGUUAAAGUUAUUAACCACAUCAAAGCACACGCCCUUAACUCGCGCCUGUUCGAGCAGCUUUGUGAGGAGAUGGACGUGGAGCACAGACAACUUCUCUUACACACAGAAAUAAGAUGGUUAUCCCGAGGGAGAUCGCUGGCCAGAGUGUUUGAAUUACGAGAGCCGCUGCAGAGAUUUCUCUCAGAAAAAAAGUCACCGCUGGCAGCACAUUUCAGUGACGAGGAAUGGGUCGCAAAACUCGCUUACUUGUGCGACAUAUUCAACCUGCUCAAUGAACUCAAUCUGUCACUUCAGGGGAAAAUGACAACUGUCUUCAAGUUGGCAGAUAAAGUAGCUGCAUUUAAAGCCAAACUGGAUUUGUGGAGACGGCGCGUGAACAGAGGUAUAUUUGACAUGUUUCAAACAUUCGCGGGGAUUUUGGAAGAGACUGAGCCCGAGCCUUCAUUCUCUCAGCUGGUGCACAAUCACCUGUCUUUGCUUUUAAAAGAGUUUGAGCGCUACUUCCCAACCACAAAAGACCCACGAACUGCCAAGGAAUGGAUCCGCGACCCAUUUGUCAACAAACCAGGUGAAUCCAGCAUGUCUAUGCAAGAAGAAGAUCAACUGCUGGAGAUCGCAAAUGACGGCGGCCUUAAAAGUAUGUUCGAGACAACAACUCUGCCGGUGUUCUGGAUUAAAGUCACGGCAGAAUACCCUGAGAUCGCCACGAAAGCACUGAAAACCCUGUUGCCAUUUCCAACAUCCUAUUUGUGUGAAGCGGGAUUUUCUGCAGUGACAGCAACCAAAACAAAAUUACGGAGUAGACUGGACAUAAGCAGCACACUUCGGGUGUCAUUGUCUCCCAUUACUCCUAGAUGGGACCGUCUCGUUGCAGAGAAACAAGCUCAGGGCUCCCAUUGAUUUAGCGUUAUGGUGAGUUGUAUUUUUCAUGCACUUUAUAUUUGUUUUUGUGUUGUAUCUUAUUUUGAAGGCAUGUUUAAACAUUACCAUAGCGA